AUGCCUUCAACAUGCGAAUUUUAUUUGAGCAAACCCGAUGCGAUUUACCACAGUGGAGACACUGUUAGCUGUACAAUUGUUUUGAACACUACCAGUCCCAAGGAUGUAAAAGAAAUAACUAUAACUUUACUUGGCCAGGCAAAAGUAAAAUGGACUCAACGUAAAAAACAAGGAAAAAUACAAAAUUACACAGAUUAUAAAGCAAAAGAACCGUACAUAGACAGCACGGUAACAGUAAGUCGCGAAGGAACUCUCCCUGCAGGAACUCAUACAUAUUACUAUGAUAUAGUUCUACCUCCAGAAAGUCGCGCUUCUUUUGAGGGUGCCCAUGGUCACAUACGCUAUGAACUUAUACUUAAAUUAACCAGACUUCAUCGAUUCAAUAAUGAAUUUACUAAAGUACUGACUGUAAUUAAUCAACAAGAUUUAAAUUUAAAUCCAGUUUUAAAGAUACCUAUUGAAAAUGAGGAAAUCUUAACCUCAUUUUGGUGUUGUGGCACGGGUAUAAUGAAUACCAAACUUAAAAUUCCCUUUGGUGGCUAUGCCAUCGAUCAGUUUGUCGACUACUCUGUCCAUGUACAAAAUGAAUCAAAGGCCGACAUUAAUAGUUAUACCAUCAAAUUUAUUCGUAAAAUAACCUUUACUGCCCAUAAACCCAAACUCAAGACACGGGACGAGGAGAUAACUGUUUAUAAAAAAUCGUAUGAUAUUAGAUGUUUACGAUUUACUAACCGUAUUUUUGAUGGCAGCUUUCCUAUACACGAUACACCUGCCUCCACAGUGGGCGAAACUAUAAUAAGUGUUCAAUAUUUACUAAAGGUUAAUUUAAAUACGACGGCUUGUAGUAAUGCUGACACUAUAAGCAUUCCAAUAUUUGUUGGUGAUGUGCCAUUCAAAGAGUCACCGCCAACAGAACCUUUGGAAACUGAUAGUCUUAUUACAUCUACAGUGGAAGAACUGCCAGAGGGGAAAUGA